GAAGAGGGGUGUGCGUAUUUGCUCGGGCGGAUAACUGAAGAAAUUCUAUUUUCCAUCUGUUCUAUUUAAUUUUUUAGUUUUUCAUGACUUUAAUAAUAUCCCAAUAACGUUAUACUACCAAAUAUUUUUAUUUUAAUACCGCGAAGUGUUCCUUCAAUCUUAAAAUUUAUUUUAAUCACCACUGCGGUUGUUUGUACUGCUGUUUUUAUUAUUGAUAUUUUUAUUUCAUCGCUACUAUGUGCAAAUAUUUUCUAAAAUCUUACUGAAAACGCAAGCCUAAUACGUAAAGAGGUUUUUACACUGAAAAACCGUAAAUUGAAUUGGAAAAAUUAAGAAAAAAAAUUGUAUUAAAAAAUAUAAAUUCAAACAUGUCUGACGGUCAUGGGGAGCCGAAUCAGCUGAAUUCCAGUAGAAAAGAAAGUGUCGUAGCAGCUAAUGUGCCUAGUGAUAGUCCUGUGACGGACCCUGGGCAGGUGCGUGGCGGGAACACUGAGGCUGGUGCAGCAGCAAGCAAAUACGAGGGCCAGCGCGGGAAAUCGGGUGCUUUGAAAAAAUCUGCCCGAUACAGGAGCAGAUCUCUUUCCGCGUCUUCUGCAGAUUCCUACAGUUCUACAUCAUAUACUGUUGUGCCAAGUACGACUGCCAUUCUUGAAGCUCAGAGUUCUGGAGAUGCAGGUCAGUCAACACAUACUAAACGUAGGCUCAACAGAGUUAACAGGGCUUCAGACGACCUAGUGGGUUACAGGGGCUUCGACUUAAAGGAGGAGUAG